AUGGCAGCAAUGCAUUUUACAAGAACAACAAUGUUCAACAUCUCAAAGCUAGCAACCAGUGUUCCUCGUUUCACUUCUCUUUCUUUCCCUCAAAAAGCUUCCAGGGUUUGCUUCACUUCCGCCUCCAAACAUUCUCAGGGAAAGCAUGCAAGUGAAGAAAGCAGCCAUGGGUACAAUAAAGGUGCUGGAGAAAUGAAGGAUAACGCUAUGGACGACAUGAAAGGAAGUGCCACGGAUAUGAAACAUAAAACUAAAGACAUGGCAGGACGGGCCGCCGAUAAAGCCGGUGACAUGAAAGACAAAGCAAAGGAUGUGGCUUCAAAAGCUGCGGAUAGGGCUGGUGACAUGAAAGAAAAAGUCAAAGAUAAGAGUCAAGAUAUGAAGGAGAGUGCUGAAGAGACAGCGGCUAGGGCCGCGGAUAAAGCGGAAGAAGGGAGAAGUAAAGUGGCUGAGAUGGCGAAAGCGGCUAAAGACAAGACUAUGGAUGCUGCUGGAGCCGUGGCUGACAAGACGAAACAGACGGUGGCUGGUGCGUGGGAUGCAGCCAAGGGAACGUCACAAAAGAUCAAGGAAACGGUUGUUGGGACGUCCUCGGAUGACGAGGAUGAUUGGGGUCGUGAUGACCGAACCCGCAAACCGAAGGUAAUGGAUGAAGAUGUGAAAGAGUUGAGGAGGAAAGUUGGUAAUCUUGAUCAUGAAAAGAAGGAUUACUAG